UAUAUAUCAUCAUUGUAAGAAAAUAUCUUCAGUAGUAAAUGAACUUUCAAGCGAAGAUUGUGCAAUUCCCAGAGAAAUGAUUCGUUUUGUAGUUAUUGUUGCAAGUUGUGUAGUUGCAUUGUCGGUUGCAGAUGUGACCCCUCGCAGAGAUGCCGAGUAUCCACCUCCAGAGCUAUUGCAAGCUUUGAAACCACUUCGUGAGAUCUGCCAAAAGAAAACAGGAGUCUCGGAUGAAGCAAUUCUCGAAUUCAGCGAUGGAAAAGUUCACGAAGACGAAAAGCUCAAGUGCUACAUGAACUGUCUGUUCCACGAGGCGAAAGUAGUUGACGAUACCGGCCACGUACACCUGGAGAAACUACACGACGCCCUUCCCGAUUCAAUGCGCGAUAUCGCUAUGCACAUGGGCAAGCGCUGUCUGUACCCAGAGGGUGAAAACCUGUGCGAGAAGGCAUUCUGGUUGCACAAGUGCUGGAAGGAGUCCGAUCCAAAGCAUUAUUUCCUGAUCUAAAAAGGGAUGAAGACCGACCAGCAGCAAAAUGGUAUUCACUUAGAAUGAAGCAGCACGCCCAAAAAUGUGACUAACUCCUGACCAAACCAAAAUUUAACAUAGUGAGUGACUAACAAGAAGCAACAAGAUAAAAAAUAAAUAAAAAUUUGUAUAACUAUAAAA